AUGCCUUCCAAUCACAAGACUUUCAGGAUCAAGCGAUUCCUGGCCAAGAAGCAAAAGCAGAAUCGUCCCAUUUCUCAAUGGAUUCGAAUGAAAACUGGCAAUAAAAUUAGGUACAACUCCAAGAGAAGACACUGGAGAAGAACCAAGCUGGGUCUGUAA